GUUCCUCACGCUGAGGACAAGGUUCCUCACGCUAAGGACAAGGUUCCCCAAGCUGAGGACAAGGUUCCUCACGCUGAGGAUAAGGUUCCUCACGCUGAGGACAAGGUUCCUUACGCUGAGGACAAGGUUCCUCACGCUGAGGACAAGGUUCUUCACGCUGAGGACAAGGUUCCUCACGCUGAGGACAAAGUUCCCCACGCUGAGGACAAGGUUCCUGACGCUGAGGAAAGGUUCCUCACGCUGAGGACAAGGUUCUUCACGCUGAGGACAAGGUUCUUCACGCUGAGCCAAGGUUCCUCACGCUGAGGAAAGAUUCCUCACGCUGAGGACAAGGUUGCUCACGCUGAGUUCAAGGUUCCUCACGCUGAGGACAAGGUUCCUCACGCUGAGGACAACGUUCCUCACGCUGAAGACAAGGUUCCUCACGCUGCGGACAAGGUUCUUGACGCUGAGGACAAGGUUCCUCACGCUGAGGACAAUGCUCCUCACGCUCAGAACAAGGUUCCUCACGCUUAG